UUUUUUUUCACCCUCUUCUCUUCUUUUUUAUUUUAUUAUUACAGCUUAAUUUAUUUAGUCUCAAAUAAAGAGCUUUAAUAUUAUUAAAUAAAAGAAACAAGCAAGCAAACUAAUUUAAUGUCAAUUACUAUACCAUUUUAUAACAUGGAUAAUCAAGAUGAUCAGCAACAACAACAACAAUCCCAAAUUCAACAAGAUGUAUUCCAACAACAACAGCAACAACAACAUUAUCGCAUGUUAGAUGUUCCUGUUGAACAACAACCUUAUUUAUCUCAAUACAAUAAUAACGCAUAUUUUCAAUAUAACAAUAAUCAAUUGUAUAAUACUAAUUAUGGUACUAAAUUUAACGUUAAUCCUUCUCUUUACUAUCCUCAACAACCCCAGCCAUCAUAUAUUAACACUUCAGCAUAUCAACAGCCACAUCAACCAUUUCAUCAACCUAUAUUACAACAGCUUAAUGAUACUGUUAUUCAAACUGAACCAGAUGAAUUCAUUAUUGAUUUAUUAAAAAAGCCUCAAGAAAGACUAUUUUUAUUGAAAUUAGAAUUGGAAUUAGAAGCAUUUAUUAAAGAUGAAAAGAGAUUUCGACUUGAUUUACCCAACAUGAAUUCAUACCAGAGAUUAAUGGUACAUCGUUUAGCUCCUUAUUAUAAAUUAAAUCAUUACCAUAACCCUAUGCUAAAAGGUGUCUACGUUUGCAAAACAUAUCAAACAGAAUUACCAUCUAUUCGAUUACCUGACAUACAAUUAGAAAACUAUAAUAAAAAUGAAAAUAUAGAAUCAAGUAUUAAUGAAGACAUAAGUAACAAUAGUAAUAAUAAUAAUAACAACAACUUGACUGACGCUCCUCCACAAUUUAAAAUUAUGCGUCGUUCAGCAGAAUCAAGCAGCCCAGCUUCUCGUAGUUCAAAUAGUGAUGAUCAACCAAAGGCAGAUAGAAAAAUUUUGACCUAUGAAGAAAGAAAAACAGCUUAUGAAGAAGCAAGAGCUCGUAUUUUUCAGGGCUUGGAAGAAAAGCAAUAAUCAUAAUCAUAGUCAUAAAUUAUUAAUAAAUAGGACACAUUUUUUCUUCUUCUUUUUUAUAUUUAUUAGUUUUAUUAUUAUUUCAUCCCUUCUCCCUAACAGCUUCAACUGACUGAAAUUAUAGCUAAGGCUUUUAUUAUUUUAGACAAUUAAUCAAUGUUAGAAGGAUGAAUGAGAUGGAAGGAAGGAAGGAAGGAAAAGAAAAGAUGUUGUGGUAAUCUAAAGGCAAAGUAGUUAUUUAAAAAGAUAUAUUAUAAAGAAGAAUGAUGGGCGAUAGAUAAUAAUAAUCUACUUUGAAAAGGAAUAAAAGUACAAUACUCGUAUUUAGUAAAAGCAUAGAUUAUUAUAGACUUUCACUAAAGCA